CGUGKUUACGGGUACUUAACUUGGUGUAACACAAAAGCGCCUUCAAACUCACACGGUGCAGCCUGGAAGGUGAGAGAAUCGUUCCGAGAUUUCUUGUGCUGAGCGCCUCAGCACAGACAGCUUCAGUGGACCUGCAACAAAAAGCGAUACAGCAAGCCGCGCCAGUGAUAGCCUACACUUCAAAUCAACGCAUCAUUAUUCAGUGGACGAUGGAAAGCGGUGGCAACACAUCGGACAUUCCGUACCAUUUCUUACAUUUGGCCAUGAUGAACAAUAGUGUUUUUUGUCGGAACUUCAGCGAUAACGUGAGUAUAGAGGCCAAAUGUGAGAGAACAGACAACCUAGCCAAAGACUCGACACCAGUGAUCAUCGCGAUUAUAAUCACGACUCUUUACUCAAUCGUGUGUGUGCUUGGUCUGGUGGGGAACGUGCUCGUCAUGUAUGUCAUUAUCAGAUACACUAAAAUGAAAACCGCCACAAAUAUCUACAUCUUCAACCUGGCCUUGGCUGAUGCACUAGCCACCAGUACACUGCCCUUCCAGAGUGUCAACUUCCUGAUGGGGACUUGGCCGUUUGGAGACGUUCUGUGCAAGAUAGUGAUAUCAAUCGACUACUACAACAUGUUCACCAGUAUCUUCACAUUGACCACCAUGAGUAUUGACCGUUACAUUGCAGUGUGCCACCCCGUCAAGGCCUUAGACUUCCGCACGCCCCGUAACGCAAAGAUUGUCAACGUGUGCAACUGGAUCCUGUCCUCUGCCAUCGGUCUGCCUGUCAUGUUCACCGCCUUAACUACUGUAACUGAUAAUGGCAAGUAUGACAGAAUCAUCGACUGCACUUUGAUCUUCCCACACCCAUCCUGGUACUGGGAGAAUCUYCUGAARAUCUGCGUCUUCAUCUUUGCCUUCAUCAUCCCGGUCCUCAUCAUUACCGUAUGCUACGGGCUAAUGAUCUUGCGCCUGAAGAGCGUGCGCAUGUUGUCCGGCUCCAAGGAGAAGGACCGCAACCUGCGGCGCAUCACCCGCAUGGUCCUGGUGGUGGUGGCCGUCUUCAUCAUCUGCUGGACGCCCAUCCACAUCUACGUCAUCAUCAAAGCCCUGAUCAACAUCCCCAACUCCCUGCUGCAGUCCGUCACCUGGCACUUCUGCAUCGCUCUGGGCUACACCAACAGCUGCCUGAAUCCCGUCCUCUACGCCUUCCUGGACGAGAACUUCAAGCGCUGCUUCCGCGAAUUUUGCAUCCCCUUGAGUCCCUCUGUGCUGGAGCUGCAGAAUUCUUCUCGUACCCGCCCCCACCAGCAGCACCAGCGCGAUCAGCACUCCAGCGCCAACAGGGUGGAGAGGUCCAAUCAACAGGUAUGACUAGGUAUGGAGAUGUCUUUGGACUCACGCUACCAGCCAAACGAUGACAUGAGCUCGGAAGUCACCCAGGUAACUACAGUGCUCUGACACAAAGCUCUGACACAUGAUGCGCCAAGAUACUGAAGUGCAACGUAGCACAAGCAUCGAUCGUACUGUCGCCUCUUUCUGGAGAGGCUGACGAGUAUUUGAAUGAAGAAUGACACUCCGCAUAAGGCUUUCUGUCAGGUAGCAUUAUUAAAAUGUUGAACUUUAGGCAGAACACUGAAAUGAACAAACAUCAACUAUUAUGUACACAGUAUCUUUGUAGACAGGUAUAUUGAACAUACUGUAAUAGGAUAAUGUUCUGUGGUCAACAACAUUCACAAUUAGAAACUCUUCAUUGAGAGCACGUAUUUCAAGACUCUAAUUCAAGAAGAUUGUUAUUUAAGGGUCAAGCGGCGAUUCAAAAAAACAAAGCGGCCACCCCACCACUUGUUUUGGUAAACAGCUGAGAGAUGGGGCUUGAGGAAUGUAACCACUGUCAAAUUGAUAGACAGAGCUAUGGAUGCAAGAACUGACCAUCCAUCAGAUCAAAAUGAUCAGUUUGUUUGUUUACAAUUACAUUAUUGUUUGCUUCCAGGGUCAAUGGCUUUAUGUUAUUAAUGUUAAAGUCAGAAAAUGGAUGUAGCCUACCAAUCUGCUUUACAUCUACUCUAUGUAUAGCAGCUUUUAUAUACUGUAUGUUCUGUACAAAAGUAUUUAUUAUAUGUGUAUAUGAUGUGCAAGUGGUUUGGGAACUAUCAAAUGAAUGAAUUAUAUUGUAUUUCCGUGUCAAAUCGCCAGUUGGCAACCCAUCCCUUACUGGAUUUACUGACGCAUAAACAAACAUUACAAUUAUUCACAGUGAUUAUCCAGUGCAGUGUGCACCGCAUAAAGAAUGAUAAAUGAAUAAUAGUAAAUAAGGUUAUUCAAGCAGUAAUAAUAACAACCCUAGAGCUGUAAAAAAUAAUACAGUAAAAGUCACAUUGUCCUAGAGAGAUUUACAUGGUUAUCAAAACAUUACGCCAGG